UUGGGAAGCUUCAGCUCAAAAUCUCUAUAAAAAAGAUAAUAACAACACAAUGUAAAAGUAAAACGACGCUAAGCUUGUAAAGAAAGUACAUCAUCGGCAAUCGGGGCCCGUGAAACCCUUCUUCGUUUGCACGGAUGGUGUCCGGUGAAAUAAGUGAAACACAAAGCCAUGGCCCGAAAGGCGGUUUGCGUGUGUGAGUGUUGCGUUUAAUUCGAUCUGCGCGCCGCGUGCGUGCGUGUGGCGUGUACAGGAAGCGUCGUGCGUUGUUUAUGUUGGACCCGUGAAGCAAUGUUGUUCACGCAAAACAUCGCAAACCACAAACGACGAGUCCCGUGAAAGCAGAAAGGGUGCGACCAGAAGUUUGUGCGAAACAAUUCCCACAAUGGAGGUUUGAAUAGUUAAGCGCCGCCACGAAGAACCUGUUCUGUGAUCGGUUUCUGAGGUGAUAUUAUGCCGUGUGCCGUGGUCGUGUGAUCCGUGAUUCGGUGUUUCUUGUUCCGGCCCGGUUGGCAACACAAUAGUCUGAUAAGUAGUGUAAAGUGGCCGUUGAUGCGGUUUAAAAAGUGCGCCACUUGCGUUGGCAAUCGCGACAUGCGACAACCGACCGGCGUUCGGUUCGGUGCAUCGCCGCCAGACAGCAUCCGGAACAGCUGCCACCAAAUCAACGACAUCAACGACGGCAGCAGCGGCAGCAGAUGUAGGCAACGUCUCCGGCGCGUUGGCGGCCGCCGGAAUCUUGCCGUCUGUCUGGCGACGUUGGUGUUUUCGCUAAUGUUUACAAAAUGUUACUCCAGUCAAGAACGACUGGUCGAGCGGAUAUUCAUGCAGGUGAGUGUGGCUCGUCGUGAGGCCGAGAUGAACCUGGACAACAAGGACUUCGACGACCGGCAGCAGAACUAUCGUCGGAUGCGCUGGAUGCAGCAAGGCCUCGAUCCGGAUGAGAUGGAGGCCAAAUGGUGCGAGGAAAAGGAAACUAGAGCGGAGGCGCGCCGUGAACGGUUGAAGCAAGAGAAUGCGGAGCGUCGCCGGCGGGAGGAAGAAUUGAAGAACUCGGCGCUGGUAGCGAAUGAUAAACGGUUCCAGGCGGCCGUAACCGACAGGAAAUUCAAGAAGCAGAAGUUCAUCGCUUCCGACAAGCUGAACGAGUUGGUUGUGCAACGAAAGACGACACCAGCGGCCGGGAAGAAAGUGACCAAGAAGAAAGGCCCCAAAAGCAGACCACAAUAGUGACAACAAUAAACAAAACAUUCA